GGCUCCAAGUAAAAUUCACGAAACGACUUUAAAAUCAGGAGGCGCUCUUUCUAGUUAUUGAUGGACAGUUGUGUGCCGUUUCUGAUUGGCUGGUGUGUUGAUUUAGGGCGGCUCAGCCACGCCCACCUGCGUGCAGCGAGAGGAGAGCGCGCGCCGAGCACACACUGUCAGUCAAGCGUCUCCAGAGCAACAGGUAAAGCUCUCAUCACCUGCUGAAGUGUCUCUCAUCAAUCUGACGCUUUUAUUGUCUCAGCUCUUUCGGGGGGAAAACAAAUCUUUGAUAUAUGAACGGUGUCAUUCUUCAUUAUAAUACUAAUAUGAAAAGUAUAAACAUAUGAAACGACAGACAGAAGACACGUACUCAAAUAUUAUUACAGAUCACGCACUUCUGAGGCUCAUUAUUGUGUCUGGAAAGUCCAGCAACUGCAGCCUGCGAACACCAUGAACCUGAGCCCGUCUGAACACAGCAUGGACGGCAGCAAAGCCGAGCACUUGCUCCCUUGUUUCCGCAGAAGCGCGUUUGACGAGCCUCUGGCGUCCUACCACAGCGGCUCCAUCAUAUCUCACCUCCUGCGGAAAACCAUUCACAAUAAACUGACCUCGCUGGACAACAGCCUCCUUUACCUGCCCUCCGCAAACGCCAGCGGCUUCGAUCCCGAGUCCAACAGCGCCGAUGAUUUUGCUCGAGAGGAGCAGAGCUGCCUGUCCUUCAAAGACGAGGAUCUGUCUGUGAGCGAGCACCUCCAAGCCAAACGCGCCCGGGUGGAGAACAUCAUACGAGGCAUGGCUGCUUCGCCCAACGCCGACGGAGAAGCGGAGAGCGAGUGCGAAGCCGUCCGCUGUAGAAGAGACCUCCUGAAGGAGAACAAACGCAAGCAGAGGCUCCCCCAGCACCAGGAACCAAAGACCAGCAAAGACGAGGAGUGCCACAAACUCAAGGAGCAGCUCCAAAGCAUGCAGCGUCUCCUGCAUCAGCUCCAGGAGAAGAUCUCGCACGUGCACGACCAGAAUUACUCGGAGAGCGAGGAACGGGAAGAUGCGAGGUCAGAGCUCUCGAGUCUGAGGCUGGAUGGUGGAUACAAAGACCGAGUCAAAGUGGAACCCGGUGGUUUCGGCUCCGACAGGGCGAUGAAGAACCUCAAAGAGACUCUCAAGUGCGUCUUCAAGAAGAGUCUUCUGAACCAGUCAUCCCCAUGCCACAGUCCGGACUGCUCGGAAACCGAGAAGCUAUUACAGAUCACGCACUUCUGA